AUGUCUCGCAUAAGAAUAGAAGGGCUUCUUGCAGCUUUCCCCAAGCUCGUUGGUACAGGAAAGCAACAUACAUAUGUUGAGACUGAAAAUGUACGAUACGUAUUUCAGCCAAUAGAAGCUCUGUAUUUGCUGCUUGUAACCAACAAACAAAGCAAUAUUCUUGAAGAUCUGGAGACACUUCCGCACAUUGUGGCUUACAUCCUGUUUGAACUACAUAUGUCUCGUAACGAAACUUUGGUGGUGGUCCUUAACCAAGUUCAGAUACCCGAAUAUGCUGUUUCUUUGGACGAAGAAGGUAUUUGUAAGACAGCUUUUGAUCUAAUCUUUGCUUUUGACGAAGUCAUUUCCCUUGGACACAAGGAGAAUGUGACAAUUGCACAAGUUAAGCAGUAUUGUGAAAUGGAGAGUAGUGAAGAAAGAUUACACAAAUUAGUAAUGCAAAGCAAGAUCAAUGAGACUAAGGAUGUUAUGAAGAAGAAGGCUAGUGAGAUCGACAAAAGCAAGAUUGAAAAGAAUAGGGGAGUUGAUAAAGGAGGGUUUAUGUCUUUACAAUCAAUGGGCUCGGGUAAACUUGAUAACGCGUUUGGUAGUGAUACGAACCUUUCUGGCCUUGGAAAUGGGUUUGGAAGUGGUUCUGGUUUUGGAUCGAGCACAGAUGUUGAUUCAUUUUCUACCAAGCCUAAAGGUCGUCCGUCUGCAUCUGCUAUUGCUCCUCCAAAAGGGCUUGGUAUGCAACUAGGAAAAACACAAAAAACAAACCAAUUUUUGAACUCUUUAAGAGCAGAGGGUGAAGUUAUUGUUGAUGAUGUACGACCAACUGCUGGUCCAACAAAGACAUCUGCUCCACCACUAACUGAUCCCAUCACGUUGUCUGUGGAAGAGAAACUGAACGUGACUCUUAAGAGAGAUGGUGGACUUAGUAACUUUGAUGUUCAAGGAACUUUGUCUCUACAGAUUCUUAACCAAGAUGAUGGCCAUAUCCAAGUUCAGAUAGAGAGUGGGGGAAAUCCAGGAAUUGUGUUUAAAACUCACCCUAAUAUUAAUAAAGAAUUGUUUUCCAAUGAGAACAUUUUGGGUCUGAAAGAUCCCAAUAGGCCGUUUCCCUCUGGUCAAUCUAGUGAUGGUGUUGGUUUAUUGAAGUGGAGAAUGCAGAGUGUUGAUGAAUCCGCUGUGCCACUAACAGUUAAUUGCUGGCCAUCUGUUUCUGGGAAUGAAACUUAUGUGAAUAUUGAGUAUGAAGCUUCAUCAAUGUUUGAUUUGCAAAAUGUUGUCAUCUCUGUUCCUCUUCCAGCUCUUAGAGAGGCACCGAAUGUUAGUCAAAUUGAUGGCGAAUGGAGGUAUGACUCAAGAAAUACUUUACUGGAAUGGUCCAUACUUCUUAUAGAUAAUUCUAAUAGAAGUGGAUCCUUGGAGUUUGUCAUCCCUCCAGCAGACGCAACAGUCUUUUUUCCUAUCUCUGUGCAAUUUACAGCCGUUAACACCUUCAGUCAAAUUAAGGUUGCCAGUGUCAUACCUUUGAAAGGAGGAGGAGGACCACCCAAGUUCUCUCAAAGAACUAUUCUCUCUACAGAAAAUUAUCAAGUUAUUUGAAAACAACAUUAA